AGUCACUGUUGCUGUCAUUUGCAUCUGUGCUGGCAGACUAAAAAUAAUGGGAACACAGCAAGCUUUCAGCCACAGAGAGUGCUGUUUGUUUGGCUAGUCCGGUUAGGAGGCGGGAAGGAGCAGCAACAGCAGAAGGGAAGGAAAAGAAGCAGAGACAUAAUAGGGAGUAAGGCAUCAAGGCGAGGGAGGGAGACAUGCAUGCAAAGCACCGAGUGAGUAUGUGUUGUUUCUAACUGUGAGGUAGAAGGAGGAGGAGAGGGAGGGAAGGAAGGGGUGCUUCCUCUUUAGUUUAAGCUUCUGAUGUAUCCCAUCAACCCCAGACCGUCAACAGGAAACCUUGGUAUAAAAAGCUGCAUUGCAGGGGGAAUCCUCCUAAGUGUCUCUCAGCCACAGCAUGACCAGGACCGAGAGCCCGAGAGAGUGGACUUAAUAAAACAAUGCCAAGCUUAAUCGUCGAACCACCCAACACACAGCGCUUCAUCAUGGACAGAGAUGACAGGAAGAGAAACAAAAACAUUGGAAAGAACUUUAUGUGCCGACUCCAGUGCAUGUUCUCUCACUCCUCCAGCUCUGAGAGCAGGCUAAGUUUAGAAGAUACCCAACAAUGGUCACAGUCACUGGAAAAGCUUCUCGAGUCUAAAUAUGGACUGGCUACUUUUCGCAACUUUCUCAAGUCCGAAUACAGCGACGAGAACAUUGAGUUCUGGCUCACGUGUGAGGACUACAAAAAGAUCAAGUCUUCAUUCCGAAUGUCCUCAAGAGCCAAGAAGAUUUAUGAGCAGUUCAUUAAAGCAGAAUCGCCUAAAGAGAUCAACAUCGACUAUCACACCCGAGAGCAGAUCAAAAGGAACGUCAAGACUCCCACCAUGCACUGCUUUGACGACGCUCAGAAGAUCGUUUACGGGUUGAUGGAAAGAGACUCGUACCCGCGGUUCCUCCGCUCGGACAUUUAUAGAACUCUUCUGGAGAGCCUCGCCGCCGACGCCAUGAAGGGAUGAAAGCACGGCAAGAGGAGGGGAGAGAAAGGACAUAAAACCCAUAACUGGAAUGUUUGAGCUCCUUCAGGUGGAAGGACUGACAACAAAGAUGGAAGAAGGGCCAACCGGCGCAGCACACGCGUGCAGAGGACUUGUUCCUCAGUGUCCAGAAUCAGCCCUCAAGCCCCGUCACGGAAGUAUCUCCCCCCGACUCCCUGCCACCUCACACUUAGCAUCACACACAUGAGGACUAUAUAAGAAUGAGAAGCACAGGCAGAUUUCUCAAUAUCAAGCAUGUAGUGUGCAUUUUCGCACUGGAUCAUGAGUUUGUGUGCGCACUUUUGACAGUGAAUGAAUCAGCGGGCUGGUUGCCUCUCGGUCUGACUGUAGAGCUGCGUAAGCAAACCAUUCAGUAGACGCCCUUUGGCCUUUUUUGGAGACGUGUUUCCUAUGCAGAUAAGGAUAGAGGAUGUAACAUGUCACGGUCACACUUGAGAAACUGUGUGUAUGCGUGUGUAAAGAGGGAAAGAGAGCGAGCAUUUUAGAUGUAGUGUUUUUAACCGUCACUGAUUCAGAAUAAGCUGUCAUGAAAAGAGCCGCCCAGUUACGGGAUGACAGCACCAAGGAAGACAACAAAUCUAUAGAUUUAACACUGAUAAGCAAUCAUCAGUAAAAGCAUGCAGAAGGCCACCUAGCAAGAGCCACUCAUGGACACUUUCUGGUUUUUUUUUUAAAUAAUGUAGAUUGCACCGAUAUGGGGUUUGAAAAACUGAUGAUUUAGGUUUUUUUUAGUUUAAGCUGUCUAUAGGCGUUAUUUUGUGCCGAUAUUUAAUAUCCUUUAGGGUUGUUUUGAAACUACAAAAAGUAAAAAUAGUUUGUUUCAAUAAAAAUAACUAUUAAUGGUAUAGUUUUGUGAUUGCAAGAAGCCUAAUCAUGUAUAUUUUUUGUGUGGGAUCUGAACUUGCCGUUUCUAGCCGCUGACGUCUAGCCUAGUGACGCAGCGUGUAAAGACUAAAAUCUAAGCAGAAACCUUACAACGCUGAAAUGUCAUGAGUUGUGAUUUUGUUUAUUUAAGUUUUCUGGCGUGGAAUGAUUAUAGAAAUAGGAUGUCUCACAUUGCAUGCCGGGAUGUCAAAACUCCUUUUAUACCAUGAGAAUAGGCCCGAUUGCUGAUGUCCAAAGCGCACUGUGUGAAUGUACUCUUAGGGAGCUGAUAGUUAAGUUAACUUAAAAAGUUCAAUGUUGUGUUAUUUAUUUUUCAUUGUCACCAUUUGAGUACAAAGUUUGCUGCAGUGUUUAAGUACUUGUUAAACUUGUUAGGGAUUUGAAUUACAUUAAAUUAUUACAUUGAACCACAUUUACAUUAUUUUAUUUGCCGACCUGCAACUAAGUGAACUUUUCAGUGUUGUGCACCACCCUGCGGUGUAGGUCCUUCUCACUCACAAUGUCACUUUUAGAAUUCUGAUUACAGUUUUGUGGUCUAUUUAUAGAAGGCUUCAAGACGCUUAGAGUGAAACAGUUCUUAACGCAUUUCAUUCAAAAAGAAAUGGGAUGUUUGCACGUGGUUGUGGGUUUUAUGUUAUAACAGACAUAUGCAAACAUUUGCAUGCAAACAUGUAUGCAUGGGAAUGUAUGUACCUAAGUACAGAUUAAGCUCAUUCACUUAACAAAAUCCUUUCAAAGAUCACAAAGAGUGUUAACUUCUAGUUUUAAUUUCAGUUUAUGAAAUGACAUUAGAAAAAAAAAAUCUCUAAAGAUAUCGGACCAAUAUAUUGAUUUCUCGCAGUUUCCUGCUAUCCUCUUUUUUUUCAAUCACUGAAAGGCAUCUGGUGUCUUGAAAAUUAAGCUCGUAACAGAUAUGUGCUGUUUCAGAAAAAGGAAGGCACGAACUUCCAGUUUCUUGUGAAAUCAGACAUUGUGAGAAAUGAGAUUUUCUCUGCCUGACUUUGUACCUUCUCUGUUCCUUCCUGGAACGUAGUGCAGCUGAACAGGCGUCACUGGAGCAGAUUAACAAGGCUCACAAAGGCUGAAGAUGUGACAUGAUAUUCACACAAUACACAAUAAAAUACACAAUCAUUACAAACUUUUUUUUGUGGUAAUUUUAAAGAAUUCUGUGCCAAAAUUAUAAUUUUUCAGUAUCUUCACACUGGGCUUGAUGCACAGACUCGAUAAAAUGUAACGUAGGCAUUUAAUAUACUCAAUUUUAGCUUUAUGGCCAUCGCUAUCUUGAUUUUUUUUUUUUUACAGCAAAAAGAGACCAUAAUAGGGUGAGAAAGUGAACCCAUAAUAAUGCAAACUUUAAGUUUUAGGUUUUAAGUAAUAAAAUGUAAAGAGCUGAGCUGUAAAAAAUUUCCAUGCAAGUCUAUGUGGAUUGUUUGGAGGCAGCCCAUAGACUGUAAAUAAAAUGACUGAUGUAGCGUGCAGGCAUGAUAAGUGAAACUAGAUGACAAGUGGUUUUUAAUGGCCCUGAGGAAGCCCUUAAAAACCAGCUCCCUGUGACCACUGUAACUACUUUUUCUGAUGAUUUAAUGGUCUAAUUAGCCCUUUUAUGAUUUUCUGAUUAUAAUAUACAAAAUUAACCUCAUGUUUUAUUGAUUAUGACUUGAGACAAUCCAAAAGACCGCAAUCUCAUCAGGUUUCUUGAUAGUUUUUAGUUACUGCAGAGCAAGAUAUCAUAUUAUAGAUUUCUACACAAAUGAACUUUGAAUAAAAAAAAGAAAAAAUUCUAUACAGGAUUUGCUCUCUGCUGGCUAUUUGAAACCAUCACAGUUUCAAGUAUUUCCACACUGGGUUCACUUUUCAGAACUGGAAUCUACGUCAGUCUUUUCUAUACAGGCUUAUAGGCCAACAUCAAGUGGCCCUUCAAGGACUUGCAGCGCUUGAUUUUUUCAGUCCUGGAUUAUUAUGUGGUAUGUUUGCACCACUUAAAGGUGCAAAAUCUAAUGUUGGCAGUGCCUUAGGUCAAGUUUCUCUCUGUGUUUCAUUCCGCCAAGGUCUAAUGAACAGGCAGUAAUGCAUUAUAAAGCUCACAUGUGGCAUGUUACCACAUUAGCCAAUGGAAUUUAAAUUAUUACCUGCUCUACAAAGUUUACAAAGUAACAAUUAAAACACCUUUUGGAGAGCAGUUGUACACUAAAGCAGAGAAGGCCGCCAAAGCAAUGCUAACUGUUUUGGUCUCCUUUGAAGAUCAUCUGCAUGCUUAAACACAAGCAGCAACAGGGUUUGCGUGGUUGAGGACAGGACGCUUGUCAACACAGCAGCAGGUGAUUUGCUGUGGUACAGUCUUUGAUUAAAAUGCACCCCCAUCAACACUGUUGUCAACUUAAUUAUGUGCUUGUUUAACAAAUACACUGUUGGACUGGGCUCAGCUGGCAAAGUGCACCUUCAUGUGGGCAUGUCAACACUAUAAGGACAGUGCCUCACAAUGGGGGGAAUUUUUUUUCCGGUAACGUGGUCCAAAAAUAUCGGUACUGUGCAGCAUGUGUUAAUAAUUUCUUGUAACUUUUGACUAACAUCAACGCUAAGGGUGCAGCCUUCAUUUCUACACACAGUGCAUUUUGCAUGCACUCUCUGUCUGACUUCCCAAUACAGUACAUGUCUGCCAUUGCAGAGUAUGAAUUCAUUACACAACUUUGGCCACAUCUUACAUUUCAUAUCCAAAACACUACCGAUCAAUGUUGUUUGUAGUUUCCAAUAAAACUUAAUAAAUCCAACUUAAUAAAAACUAA